CGCGACCAGGAAUUACAGGAGAGGAGAGGGAACAGACAGAAAACAACCGAAUGCUUAUUUUACCAAGUGAAAAUGAAGGUUUCUGAAAACAACAAUUGAUUAAGGCGAGUUUUUGCGAGGUGGAGGAAAUAGGGAGUCUGACUUUCUCUCCCCAUCUCUCUUUCUAUCUCUCUCGAUGAGCGUCUGCAUGACCUAUACCGUUAUCUUGAUUUGGAUCUCUGCCUCUAAUGAGGUUACCGUUAAUAGGCUAGUCAGUGUAUGGAUCAGUUAUGCGACAUGUCCUAUUUAACAUUUCAGUAGAUGAGUUAUAAAAACGGAUUAAAUGCGCAUAUCUCUUAGCCUAUUGUCGUGUGCGUCUUCAACAAGAGCAACUGUUUACUAGGAAAGAGAGGGAGGAGGGUUAGCGUAGGCUUGUUAUGUACGGUAUUCUCCCUAAAGCAACAGUAGUCUGCACUGCAGUGCUGUUUUAUAAUGCAGAGCGAGAGAGAAGGAAUCGGGGAAUACAGGCUAUAUUUAGCUUUCCAUAUUCAGACUCAGAGUGCCCUCAAUAAAAACAGAGACCGAUAGAAAGCACUGUUUCUAUCUCCCUCUCUCUCCGUGGAUGUUGUAUUAUUCAACAGUAGACAGAGGAUGUCUCACUCAGUCAGAGUGAGAGCGGAAUAGAGAGGUUAGGGAGGAGUGGAAGUGUCCUGUGAUGUGCGUAGUGGUGAGUCAGCAUAGAUGGAAAGGGACAGUUUAUAGACAGCUUAGCUUGGCUGAUGGAGAGAGGAGAGAGUGGUGUCAGAUGUCUCCUGGUGUGUGUGUAUGCGAGCGCCUGGGUGUGUUUGUGGAUGGGUGUGUGUGUGUGUGUAUUGAUUAGGCAGAAGGUCGUGAGGUUGUUGAGGGGAGAUCAACACUGGGCAGACUUGCAGCAGAGUGACCUUAGACUUACCACUGCUUUAACACAUACACACACGGCUGAAAAACCAGGACAAAACCCAUAGAGUAUUGAGAGAGGGAAGGAGGGUGAGGGGAGAUUGGAGGACGAGUGUGGGGUGAGCAGCAGCCAAGGUAGAGAACUCUAUGUACCAGCGUCUGUCCUACAAGAUAGAAGAAGAGGGGGAGGCGAAGAGAGGAAGGAGAGAGUAACGAAGGAGAGAGGGGGAGAACAGAUGAUGACGGAGGAGGGGACAGAGUGGUUGGUAGAUCUGUUAACAGACGUUCAGCUGCAGCAGUACUUCCUGCGUAUCCGUGACGAGCUGAACGUGACGCGCCUGUCACACUUCGACUACGUUAAGAAUGAAGACCUGGAGAAGAUCGGCAUGGGAAGGCCAGGACAGAGGAGGCUUUGGGAGGCAGUCAAGAGGAGGAGAGCUCUCUAUAAACGCAAGUCCUGGAUGAGCAAGGUACAGCACACACAGGUGUUUCCAGGGAAAAGACCCGACUCUGACUCCGACCCCCAGCAGCCCCGGGGGGCGUCGCCCACCUUGACUACUCCAGGGUUAACCCCGUCCAGCGAUGGGCCGUCGUCGGGGGCAGCCCUGACCUGUCUGAUCCGGGAGGCGGAGCUUCAGCUGUGUGAACGACUCGGAGACGGAACCUUCGGAGUCGUGAGGAGAGGAGAGUGGACCGGACCGACUGGACAAGUGCUGUCAGUAGCAGUGAAGUGUCUGAAGACAGACAGUGUGUUAGACACUGAGGGCUUGGAUGAUUUCAUCAGAGAGGUGAACGCCAUGCACUCCCUCAACCACCAGAACCUCAUACGACUCUACGGAGUGGUGCUGACUCACCCCAUGAAGAUGGUGACAGAGCUGGCUCCUCUUGGUUCUCUGUUGGAUCGUCUGAGGAAGCGACAGGGACACAUCCUCAUCUCCUCUCUGUGUGGCUACGCUGUACAGGUGGCGUGUGGCAUGGCAUAUCUAGAACAGAGGCGGUUCCUCCACAGAGACCUGGCUGCAAGGAACGUCCUGCUGUCGACCAAUGAGACGGUGAAGAUCGGUGACUUUGGCCUGAUGAGGGCGCUGCCAUCACACCAGGAUACAUACGUUAUGGAAGAGAGUCACAAGGUGCCCUUCGCUUGGUGCGCUCCAGAGUCGUUGAGGAGCAGGAGUUUCUCUCAUGCUUCAGACACCUGGAUGUUUGGAGUCACUCUGUGGGAGAUGUUUACACACGGACAGGAGCCAUGGCUAGGACUUAAUGGCAGCCAGAUCCUCCAUAAGGUGGAUGUGGAGGGGGAGAGGCUGGUGAAGCCAGAUGACUGUCCCCAGGAUGUUUACAACGUGAUGCUGCAGACCUGGAGCCCUCAGCCUGAUGACAGACCAACAUUCACGGCCCUCAGAGACUUUCUUCUGGAAACCAUGCCUACAGACAUGAGAGCGCUGCAGGACUUUGAGGAACCGGACAAACUUCAGAUCACCAUGAAUGACAUCAUCACCAUCAUUGAGGGCAGAGCAGAGCUCUAUUGGUGGAGAGGUCAGAACAGGAGGACAUUGCGUGUGGGACAAUUUCCUCGCCACGUGGUCACGGCGGUCAGCGGCCUGUCUGCCCAAGACAUCAGCAGACCACUCACACACUCCUUCAUUCACACUGGACACGGAGACACUGACCCACAUAGGAGCUGGGGGCACGCUGACCGCAUAGACAGCUUGUACUUGGGAAACCCCAUGGACCCCCCUGAUGUUAUGGGAAUGGAUCCUUCCACUGCCCGGCCCACCAAACUACCCAACCGCACCAAGAAGCAGCCUCCUCCUCGUCCUCCCCAGCCUGCUGUCUUGAUCAAGAAGCCAUUCUAUGACUCUGUGUUAGAUGAUGAUAAUGAAUAUGAAGGUGCUUCAUCGGGGUUGAAGAGGCUGGGCCUCCAACUCCGCCCGUGGGAGGGGCCAGGUGUAAGGUCAGCCAAAAGCGAGGUCUCGCUCAUCGACUUCACCGAUGACAGCUUUAGCUCGGCCACGCCCUCCCCUCUCACUGAGACAUGCCUACCUGACCAGGACACACUCAAGGACCUUCCUUCCAUCCUGGACUGGCCCCUCCCUCUUCCUGCCUAUGACGAGGUUGCAACAGAGGCUGAGGGCCAAUUGGUAGACCAGGAGGUUCGAUCCAUCACUGGAUUGUCUGAGGGGAUUUUGGCAGAGGGGAGGGGCUUAACACAGUCAGCUGAUCUGUUCAAGGAGCUGCAGAGAGAGGUGAUGGUGAAACUGCGUGUUCCCAUGACAGCCGGCCGUUCCCUCCCCUCCUCCCCCCUCCCCCUCUCCCUGGCCCCGCCGGCCCCUCACAGACAGAUCUACCUUCCUCCCCCCUCCUCCUCUUCUUCCUAUGAGGACAGACCCAUGCUACCUCCACGCUCCCCCAUCCCACCCCUCCGCUCCUCCAAACACGUUUCCCUAGGUGAGAGGGAAGACACGCCCCCUCAGAUCCCUCCCAGAGACCACGCCUUCUCUCAGCCCUCCCCUCCCUCCUCCUCCCCCCUUUGUCUCCCCCCCCCUCCCCUCUCUGUCUCCCCUCGUCAGAGGACAGGGCUGUAUGGUGUUGUUGGUCCUCUCGGCUCUCUAGUCUCCUCCCCCUCUUCCUCUCCUCCCUCCUCCUCCCUCUAUUCCUCCAGGCUCACUGCUACCCCUCCCCCCAGCGCCUCAUUGGAUCCCCUCUCUGAGGGGCGUGGCCUGUCAAUGCUUAUUGACAGCUCUCUGAGUUCUGAACGCCCCGCCUACCUGGAGAGAUAUGGAGCCGCCAAAAUGGCCACCGUCCGACCCAUGAUGCAACAGCAACCUGGCGGGGGUGGGGCCAGGCCUAACACCUCUUUCAACAACAACAACCACAGGACUCAGCAUUUAACUACAGCUCCCAGCAGUCAACGGGAGAACAGCCUCAUUCAGGUGCAGGUGGCAGUGCAUGGUGUGACAGCAGAGGAGUGUGAAGUGGCUCUGGAGACUCACAGCUGGAACAUCCCUCAGGCAAUAUGCCAACUAAAGGUAGAACAGUUGUUCCGCCUGGGUCUGCAUUCUAGAUCAGAGUGCCAGGAGGUUCUAGAGCGUUGCCAGUGGAACCUAGAACAGGCAAGCACCCUGCUCCUGGACUCUUAUGGGAAAGUAGGCUGAGACAGACUCCAGGACUACUGACCUUUAACCCUACAGACCUAAAGCUACAGACCAGAAACUACAGACAUGUCCCUAUAAUUACAGACCUUUAACCAUAGACCUAAAGCUACAGACCAGCCCAGCUGUAUACUAGAGAACUCUGACAGGCAGGUGAAGCCAGUAACGUUAGCUGACUGUGGGCCAGACAUAGAAAUAGAGGUAAUAGAACAGAAGGGAAACAAUAGACAAGCACAGAACUGCAUGCUCAGUAGUUAAGUUAUUAUAUUGUCAUGUUAUAUAGUUAUUUAUUUAGAUAUAUCAUUGUUAGUAUUACAUAGUCGCUCACAGGGUCAAAAAUAUGAGGUAUGAAUAUUUAUUGUUUGGAUAUCUAAGGAUUAUUUAUGUUGCUGUCAUUUCAGCUCUCAGUGUGUGUGUGUGUGUGUGUGUGUGUGUGUGUGUGUGUGUGUGUGGGUAUUUCUGGCAGGUCAUUUGGGGGGCAUGAAUUUGUCACCAGCCGGAGACACACUCAGUCAGAGAUAAAUAUAGCAGUGCAAAUCACACAAGCACACACGCAGACAUGCUCAGACACAAGGACAGGAUAGAUUUGUAUCACUCACUCUUCCACUCACUCUCCACUUGGACUCUCCAGCAAUUCCCUGCUUCCCGCUGUCUCCGAGAUCAAGGGUCAGAGGUCAGGUCACCGUGGUAACAGUAAACUGGCUGAUGCUGGCCUGUGUGCUGGCAGGGGGGCAGGGGUCAAACGUUGGAGGUCAGGAGGGGAGUGGCCGUUGGAUGGGAGGUGUGUGUAAAUACCUGCUGUAAUUGCUCCUGCUUUUACAGUUGAUGUUCUGCUAUGAUCAGGGAUAUAAAACCAUACAUUCUGGUGUAUCUGUAGCAUGACUUCAACACUGAGUCCAUAUGUAGUGUCCUGCACGGAUAUAACGUGUCAAUGUAAAGUAUGAUAAUAAUGUUGUGUUGUAGAUAAUGUACUAUUGUGAUGUUAAUAAUACAUGGAAUACAAGUAUAUAUGUGUUGAUAAGGACCGUAUACAGUAUAGUGUUUAAUGGUGUGUGACAAACAGAAGAUGUUAAGAUGAAAAUAAUGCUCUGUCUGUGUGUGUGUGUGUGUGUGUGUGUGUGUGUGUGUGUGUGUGUGUGUGUGUGUGUGUGUGUGUGUGUGUGUGUGUGUGUGUGUGUGCGUGCGUGCGUGCGUGCGUGCGUGCGAAUAGUGAUUAGAAUUAUACGCAAUCAUACACCAUAUUAGAGACAUAUCUACAGGGAGGUACAGAUACUGCAAGGUGUGUGUGUGUGUGUGUGUGUGUGUGUGUGUGUGUGUGUGUGUGUGUGUGUGUGUGUGUGUGUGUGUGUGUGUGUGUGUGUGUGUGUGUGUGUGUGUGUGUGUGUGUGUGUGUGAGAGAGAGAGAGAGUUUAUGCGUGUGUGUUUGCUCUUGCUAGUAGUGCUAUAAACUGAUGGUAGUAAUAUCAUUCUGCAGGACAACAGAUCUGUAAUACAACAUGUCUGAUAUUUUAUAAUAAACUGAUUUUUGGAUCAA